GCGGCGGGCCUUGCGUGCGUGGCGGGCCCGGGCGGCCACCGGCCCCCUGCACCAGGCGGAGGCUGUGCCACGCGCUUUUCUCCAUCAACCUCCUGCACCCCGCAGCCUCUGGGGAGCGCUCCUCCGGCCCCGGCUUCGCAGCUCAGGGCGCCACUGCUGGGGGCUCCCGGAAGAUUAGGGCACUUUGAAGACAGAAGCUCCCUGUGGUGCUGAGCCUGGAGUCCCCAUGGCCUCGCUGAGCAGAGCGCUACGUGUGGCCGCCGCGUGCCCUCGUCCGAGCCGGCCCCGGGGCCUGGGGCUGCGCGCCCUCACCGGCCAAGCCGGGCCCACGGCCGAGAAGAGUAGUGUGCCGUACCAGCGGACCCUGAAGGACGCGCAGGGCCCCUCGGCGGUGGCCCGGGGCCCAAGCCGGCCCCUGCCCAGCACGGCCGACGUGGUGGUCAUCGGCGGGGGCAGCUUGGGCUGCCAGACCCUGUACCACCUGGCCAAGCUGGGUGUGGGCGGGGCAGUGCUGCUGGAGCGGGAGCGGCUGACCUCCGGGACCACCUGGCACACGGCGGGCCUGCUGUGGCAGCUGCGGCCCAGCGACGUGGAGGUGGAGCUCCUGGCGCACACCAGGCGUGUGGUGAGCCGCGAUCUGGAGGAGGAGACGGGGCUGAACACCGGCUGGAUCCAGAAUGGGGGCCUGUUCAUCGCAUCCAACCGGCAACGUCUGGAUGAGUACAAGAGGCUCAUGUCGUUGGGCAAGGCGUAUGGUGUGGAGUCCCACGUGUUGAGCCCCGCGGAGACCAAGGCACUGUACCCGCUGAUGAACGUGGACGACCUGUACGGGACCCUGUUCGUGCCGCACGACGGCACGCUGGACCCCGCCGGCACGUGCACCGCCCUCACCAGGGCCGCCGCCGCGCGGGGAGCACAGGUCAUCGAGAACUGUCCCGUGACCGGCAUCCGCGUGCGGACCGACGACCUCGGGGUGCGGCGGGUCGCGGCCGUGGAGACAGAGCACGGCUCCAUCCAGACGCCCUGUGUGGUCAACUGUGCAGGAGUGUGGGCCGGCGCUGUGGGCCGGAUGGCCGGAGUCAGGGUCCCGCUGGUGGCCAUGCACCACGCCUACGUCAUCACCGAGCGCAUCGAGGGAAUCCAGAACAUGCCCAACGUCCGUGACCACGACGCGUCUGUCUACCUCCGCCUCCAAGGGGACGCCUUGUCUGUGGGGGGCUACGAGGCCAACCCCAUCUUCUGGGAGGAGGUGUCAGACAAGUUUGCCUUUGGCCUCUUUGACCUGGACUGGGACGUGUUCACCCAGCACAUCGAAGGUGCCAUCAACCGCGUGCCCGUGCUGGAGAAGACUGGGGUCAAGUCCACGGUCUGUGGCCCGGAGUCCUUCACCCCGGACCACAAGCCCCUGAUGGGGGAGGCGCCUGAGCUCCGGGGCUUCUUUCUGGGCUGCGGCUUCAACAGUGCAGGGAUGAUGCUGGGCGGCGGCUGCGGGCAGGAGCUGGCGCACUGGGUCGUCCACGGGCGCCCGGAGAAGGACAUGUACGGCUAUGACAUCAGACGCUUCCACCCCUCACUCGCCGGCCACCACCGCUGGAUCCGUGAGCGCAGCCACGAGUCCUAUGCCAAGAACUACUCCGUGGUCUUCCCCCACGACGAGCCCCUGGCGGGACGCAACAUGAGGACAGAUGCCCUGCACGAGGAGCUGCUGGCCCGAGGCUGUGUGUUCCAGGAGCGGCAGGGCUGGGAGCGGCCCGGGUGGUUCACCCCGAACGGCACAGCUCCGGUCCUGCCCUAUGACUACUACGGGGCCUACGGGAACCAGAAGCACGAAGACCACGCCUACGCCCGGCUGCUGGGGGACGAGUACACGUUCGACUUUCCGCCCCACCACGACGUGAUCAAGAGGGAGUGCCUGGCCUGCAGAGGGGCCGCUGCCGUGUUCAACAUGUCCUACUUUGGAAAGUUCUACCUGGUGGGCUUGGAUGCGAGGCAGGCUGCCGACUGGCUCUUCUCUGCUGACGUCAGCCGACCCCCAGGCUCCACCGUGUACACGUGCAUGCUGAACCGCAGGGGCGGCACCGAGAGUGACCUGACCGUCAGCCGCCUGGCCCCCGGCCCCCCGGCCUCCGCCCUGGCCCCCGCCUUUGAAGGGGACGGCUACUACCUGGCCGUGGGCGGGGCCGUGGCCCAGCACAACUGGUCCCACAUCAGCACUGUGCUGCAGGACCGGAAGUUCCGGUGCCAGCUCAUCGACAGCUCCGAGGACCUGGGCAUGAUCAGCGUCCAAGGCCCCGCCAGCCGGGCCAUUCUCCAGGAGGUGCUCGAUGCGGACCUGAGCAAUGAGGCCUUCCCUUUCUCCACCCACAAGCUGGUGAGAGCCGCCGGGCACCUGGUGCGGGCCAUGAGGCUCUCCUUCGUGGGGGAGCUGGGCUGGGAGCUGCAUGUGCCCAGGCCGGCCUGUGUGCCCGUGUACCAGGCUGUGAUGGCCGCGGGCACCAAACACGGCCUCGUCAACGCCGGGUACCGGGCCAUCGACUCCCUGAGCAUUGAGAAAGGCUACCGGCACUGGCACGCCGACCUGCGCCCAGACGACAGUCCCCUGGAGGCGGGCUUGGCCUUCACCUGCAAGCUCAAGUCCCCCGUCCCCUUCCUGGGGCGCGAGGCCCUGGAGAAGCAGCGGGCCGAGGGCCUCCGCCGGCGUCUGGUGUGCUUCACGGUGGACGAAAAAGUGCCCAUGUUCGGCCUGGAGGCCAUCUGGAGAAACGGCCAGGUGGUCGGCCACGUCCGGAGGGCUGACUUUGGGUUUGCCAUUGACAAGACUCUCGCCUACGGCUACAUCCGGGACCCCAGCGGCCAGUCGGUCUCGUUGGACUUCGUGAGGAGCGGGGACUACGCCCUGGAGCGGAUGGGGGUGGCCUACCCUGCCCGGGCCCACCUGAAGCCUCCCUUCGACCCUGACAACAAGAGGGUGAAGGGGAUCUACUGAUCAGGAGGCCGCCCGUCCCCACACGGCCCGCCACCCUGGCCCAGGACCCGGCGGACCCCGGCCAGCACGGGGGCCUCCCCCGCCAGUGCAGGCCCGCUCACCCCCCAAACAGACACUAACCCAGAUCGCCCGUCUUAUGGUCACUGACCCGAGGAUGACCUCUCGUGUGUCCCUAACCCCCAAAACAAACCUGCAAGGGAUCGGGCUCAGGGAGUGAACCAUGUGGCCUUCUAGAAGCUUCCAAGAGGGUGCAUAGUUGACCGAGUAAGCCCAGUGUAAAAGCAGGGAGGCAAAGAGAUCCGCCGGGUACGCCAGGGCGGCCUGGCCAGUGGGUGUCCGGAGCCGAGCACCGCUGGAGAAUUCCAGACACAUCCAGAAUUAGGGGCAGAGUGAGGACUGAUCAGUACUGUCGGCCGGUAGCCGAGGCCGGGGUGCCAGCUCGGCUCUGUCCCCGCGGUCAGGCCGGUCAGGCCGUUGGGCAGGACUGGCUGUUUCCCAGAGGCCGGCAGCGGAGAGAAUCCAGGAAGCAAGCUCUGACCGCCUUGACCCGUUUUCACAUGGAAAGCGUUCUGAGCCCUCCCAGCUCAUGAAAUCGGGGAGCAGAGGCAGGGGCUGGGGGGUGGGUCUCACGUUGGUGCCCUCCCUUACCCAUGCAGAAGCCCCGCCUCCUGCCUCGAUUUCCCCAAGAGCACAUGGUCCUCAGGUCCGUGAAGGAGCGGUGUGCUGCCGGGUGAGACCCUGGCAGAGCCCUCCUGCCGUGUGGCCUCUGUCCUUGCUUUCUGAUUGGGACGCGGCUCCCUCACCGCUCUCUCUACUGGUGGCCCUGGGGAAGGACCCUGCGCAGGGUCUUAAAAGGGGGUGACUUCCCUGCAGCCCUUCUCUGGGCCUUCAGGACUCUCUAACAUCUGCCUGUGUGACCCUCCUCCCUGCCUCCCUGGCCCCUCCCCUGUCACCUUUCCAGCUCACCCCAGUAAGAUUUUGAUGCUGCACAAGCGGCCUUGCCCAGGCAUACCUGACUCUCUGGGGAGCAGAAGGUGACAAGUGGACAGCGUUCCCGAAGACGCUCAGUGACCGGGGCCAGGCAGUCCCUGGCGGGGCCCAGGCUGCUGGAGCAGCUCAGGCCAAUAAAGCCGAAGCCGUGGGCAGA